CGCCACAGUUCUCAUGUUUUCGUAGAGCCCUGUAUCCGCGUCUGUUGUCUUCAUUGAAAAUCAUAAUUCUCCUUGAUUAGCGCUUAAGACUCGUUAAAUUUGUAUCGCUUCGCAAGAAUUCGUUGUUUGAGUCUACAACAUUCCUAAACCAUGGCCGAGGACGACUUUGACAUCUACGGAGAGGAACAACGGGGUGUUGAAAAAGUGAACCAAGAUAACAAGCUGUUAACAUCCUCGCCCGAUCCCAAGACGGGUGAAAAACGACAGAGAGAGGAUGACUCGCUCGAGGAACACCAGAGUAGACCUCCCACAUCGCGGCCCAACAUUCAGAAUGGAAGCGGCGCGACCGGGGCCGGAGGGAGCGGCAUGGGUGACGCGCUGUAUCUUAGUGACUUGCAAUGGUGGACUACCGAUGAAGACCUUCGGCAGAUUGCAUUGAACGUCGGAGUCUCUCUUGAUCACAAAGACAUCACUUUUUCUGAGCAUAAAGUUAAUGGGAAAAGUAAAGGACUCGCUUAUGUGGAAUGCGGAAACUACGAAAACGCUAAUGCUAUCAAGAACUGGUUCGACAACAACGACUUCCAAAACCGUCGGGCGACCGCUACCAUAGGAUCGUCGAGUAACGGCAAUCCAUAUCGUACACUGCCAAAAGAGCCUCCUCCGCGUGACAACCGCGUUCCGCAACAGCCGCAACAGCAGACUGCGGGAAACGUUGGCGUGGGUGCCGGCCGCGGUGGCAGUGCGAACUUCCGUGGAGGCAUGAUGAGCGGGGGUGUCAUGCGCGGCGGCAUGGCGGGCGGGAUGAUGCGCGGUGGAAUGCCUAUGAACAUGCCGAACAUGGGUAUGAACAUGAAUAUGGGUAUGGGAGGCGGCUACAUGGGCGGUGGAUUUGGUGGUCGCGGAGGCAACAUGAUGCCUCGCGGUGGAGGUAUGAUGCGAGGCAUGAUGGGCGGUAUGGGUAUGGGAAUGAUGAAUACCCACCAACGUGGUGGAGGCCCUGGCGCCAUCGGCCACAUCAAUCCAGCGUUCAUGCAAGGCAACAUUCCGGACGGGCCAAGGAAAAGGGCAAGAUUGGACGGAUAGCAAGGUGUCGGGUUGUGAUGCAUUUACCAGGCUUUUUGUUUCUCAUACAUCAGUGCUGCUUUGACUGCUGCUGCUCUUUACAUUAUCUACUCGCUGUUUAUCCUCGUUGUGCAUAGGUACCUUAUAGUUAAAUCAGUAAUACAGUGAUUACUUCUCUCACGUAUGGUUGCAGAGAAUAUGUUAAGUUCUAGAGAUACCACGUAUUGUACUUGAAACCUGAUGCAUGAUGUUCGUAAACUGAGUCACACCACUAAUACGGAAAUCG